AUGAGGUUGCCGAUCAUGCAGUGGCCUAGGCCCUUCACCGCUCACGUGACCGUUGCCGUGUCUGGCCACAACAUCGGCCUGGGCUUCGGCUCAAGGAAGGAGCUUCGAGCACGUGCGGCGCAUCUGGCUCUAGCCAUCAGGGCAGCAGCUUCGAGGACAACGCAGCCGAGCAACCCUCUUGAGCAGCUGGUGGAGCAGGCAAGAGAUGUGUUGCCACAGAGCUAG